UAGGUUGCAGUGGUAGAGAAAGGGGGUGGAGCAAACGGCCGGGCUUGAAUGUUUAGGGAUAUUCCUCACGUGCUUCUUUAUCUACGGUUGCCGUUGUGACUGGAGUAGCUAAAUUCCGGAUCUGUUACCAUUUGCCCCAGAGCUGGACUUUGUUAAAGGUGUUGCCGUUUAUCUUGGCUAUUUUUAGCCAACCAGUGGCGUCGCUUUGGGGGGGGCUGUGUUGUUUGUCCCUUUCGGCUCACCGUACUUGGUGAGUUCCAGCCCUUCUGCUCUACGUUGAGACGACAUGGCCAGGGCGGAAGAGUAGCGUGAACCGGCAACCACGCGGUGUACCCGGGAAGUGGAGGAACCAGGGAGCCCAGAGCAGCUACAGCCUCCCUUCCCACCCCCCCGACAUAUCCAGGCCUGGUGGGCGAGCACAUCUUGCUUCCGCCAUGAACUACCGGGAGCAGCUCAUGAGCCGGGCUGUCCCGGGGCAGUUCGAUGAUGCUGACUCCUCAGACAGUGGAAGUGUGGCCAGCGUGGAACUGAGCAAAGUGGAGGAAGCUGCAUCUAAAAAUUCUCACCAGACUUGGAAUGAGGUUGAUGAAGAAAUUCAGGAAGAUGAUUAUGAGGAUUAUGAAGAUGAUGAUGAUUGGGACUGGGAUGAUGAAGCUGGGAAACUUACUAAGGGCUCUUCAACUGGAGGGAGUAACCCACAGGCUAACCGACAGACCAGCCACUUCAACUCAGCAAAAAUGUCAACUCCAGCAGACAAGGCCUUAAGAAAAUUUGAGAAUAAAAUUAAUUUAGAUAAACUUAAUCUGGCUGAUUCUGUUAUAAAUAAAGUCACUGAAAAGACUAGACAAAAGGAGGCUGAUAUGUAUCGGGUUAAAGAUAAGGCGGACAGAGCAACUGUGGAACAGGUGCUGGAUUCAAGAACUCGAAUAACUUUGUUUAAGAUGUUAAGUAGAGGAGUCAUAUCACAGAUAAAUGGUUGCAUCAGCACAGGAAAAGAAGCUAAUGUGUAUCAUGCCAGCACAACAGACGGAGAGAACAGAGCAAUCAAGAUUUAUAAAACUUCAAUUUUGGUGUUCAAAGAUAGGGAUAAGUAUGUAAGUGGGGAAUUCAGGUUUCGUCAUGGCUAUUGUAAAGGAAACCCCAGAAAAAUGGUGCAAACGUGGGCAGAAAAGGAAAUGAGGAAUUUAAUAAGGCUAAACACAGCAAAGAUACCUUGCCCAGAACCUAUCCUGCUAAAACAUCAUGUUCUUGUCAUGAGUUUCAUUGGUAAAGGUGACAUGCCUGCUCCACUUUUGAAAAAUGCCCAGUUAUCGGAAUCCAAGGCCCGGGAGUUGUAUCUUCAAGUUAUUCAGUACAUGAGAAGGAUGUAUCAAGAUGCCAGGCUUGUCCAUGCAGAUCUCAGUGAAUUUAACAUGCUGUACUGUAAUGGAGAGGUAUACAUCAUUGAUGUGUCGCAGUCUGUGGAGCAUGAUCACCCGCAUGCCUUGGAAUUCCUGAGGAAAGACUGUGCUAAUAUUUUUUUUUUUAAACAUGGUGUUGCUGUGAUGACUGUGCGAGAGCUCUUUGAAUUUAUCACGGAUCCAUCUAUCACAAAAGACAACAUGGAUGAUUACCUCUUAAAGGCCAUGGAAAUAGCAGCCCAGAGGACAGAGGAACAAAGAUCUAAUCAAGAUCAUGUGGAUGAAGAAGUAUUUAAACGAGCUUAUAUUCCUAGAACCUUGAAUGAAGUUAAAAAUUAUGAGAGAGAUGUGGAUGUGAUGAUGAAGAUGAAGGAGGAAGACAUGGCCUUGAAUGUUCAGCAGGAUAAUAUUCUGUAUCAGACUGUGACAGGUUUGAAGAAAGACUUGUCAGGAGUUCAGAAGGUUCCUGCACUCCUAGAAAAGCAAAGCAAGGAGGAGGUGGAUUCUGAUUCAGAUGAUUCUAGUAGUUCUGAUGACCCUGAUUCUGAAGGGCAUGGAGAUCAGCCCCAUCUCAGGAAACAUCCUGCUGACCCUGAAAUGGACAAAAAGGAAAGAAAGAAGAUGGUCAAGGAGGCCCAGAGAGAAAAGAGAAAAAACAAAGUCCCCAAGCAUGUGAAAAAACGCAAAGAGAAGAUAGCCAAGAUGAAGAAAGGCAGAUAGAAGCCAGGCUUUGUUACUCGAAACCAUAGACCUCCACCUGCUAUGCUUCUUGCCAAAUUCCGAUGUUUCCCUGCAGGAUGGAGUUGGAAAAUGAACUGUUAAUUUUAUAACAUACUGAACCAAGUAGGAACGAUGGUAGUUUCUUUGAAAACUCAUUAUUUAAAAAAAAGAAAAAGAAAACUCAUUAUUGUGGGUUUUUUUGUAUAAUUAUGUAAAAAGUUUUUAGCUCCAUUGUCUCGGCCUGUUCUCUAGCUUUUGGAGUUGAUAAAAGAAUUAUUUAAGCUGGUGGUAUUUUUUUUUUUUGUAUUUACUGUUUUUUAAUCAAACCACUAGGAAAAUAUGACACAGCCUUGAAACUGAACAGGAAGGCUAUAUUAACUGCAUUCAGUAAGAAGUUGGUGUAAAUAAAACAAGAUGUUUUCCAACAUAAUGCCUGGUACUGACAUGAGUUUUAACUGACAGUGUUAACUGGGUAAUUGGUGUCAGCUGCCUCCUGUACUCUGGGGUAGAAAAAAGUUCUGCCUUGCAAUCUGCUUAUGCCCCAGAAGUUUAAGUUGUGUUCCUACCCUUUCCUGUUCUCAGAGGCUCCUCUUAACUUGCUUCUGUUGAAGAGGGCAAAUCAGCAGGACCAGGGUCAGGUAUCACAUAUUUUUGUCCUUUGGGGAAAUUUUCCCCAA